AGUGUUCUCUGGUCAAGAGUUGAGUUAAGUUGAGUUGAGCUGCAGCUGAUCUUCUUUCACAGCGGUACUCGAGUUCCACAGACUCAGCUUGACCUGAGGAUGUUCGUCUACAUAAAACAUGCCGAUAGCGAGCCAUUCAUGGCCAACACCAACUGUCCAGUCAACCUGCUGCUGCAGUACAUCAGGACCAAGAUGAAUCUUCCAGACUCAGACCUGAUGGACCUGUGUGAUGAGCGUGGGAUCCUGAAGCUCCUCUUCCUGCAGCCACAGGACUGCGCCAGUCGCCACCUGGCCUCGCGCAGCACCUACACCGUCUGCUCCAUCAACAGACAUGUUGAUGGAUCAUAUGUCAGCAUCGUACCUCAUGUGGUGAGCCCAGACCCUGCUAUUCUAGAGGCUCUGCAGACCCAGACGGAGGCGCUGGAGAAGGCGCGCCUCAAGCACCUCAAGGCCCUGGAGGACCGCAAGAUGACUGGGGAGAGCCCCUCUCAGGCCCAGGGCAUACAGGCGAAGGGGAAAGGCAAAAACGCAGACCCACUCGAUGAUGAACACCACAAGCGUGCAGGCCGAAGGAGGAACUAGAUGAAGAGAGCGCACACACACACACACACACACACACACACACACACACACACACACACACAC